AUGGAGAAGCGAGCGGAAGAACGUCACCUCCAGUCCAUGGCGUCGAAGGAGAAACCAUCGAUCGAGGCUCCGGUAGUGUCUAUCGACUCCGGAAACCCUAGAUCUAAGAAUGGGAUCACCGACGAAGCUCCGCGGGUCACUGUAGAAGUGUCGAACAACCAGACUGAUGGACCUCUCAAACGUGUAGACACGGGCCUGCUCGUGCUACCACCAACGGCGACCCCUCUCAGAUCUGCCGAGAUGAACACCCCGAGUUACAAAGGUGGAUCUUCGGGUUACUAUUCGCAUCAGAAGAACGGAUCUUCCCCUAAAAAGCUGGACUUACCGGAGUUUGAAAGAAAAAAUCCCGACAACUGGAUAUUCAGAGUUGAGAAGUGCUUCAAGGUGAAUCAAACGGAGGAUGAUGAGAAGCUGUCCUUAGCGAUGGACUGCUUAGUGGGAUGUGCUGGAGCAGUUCGAGGAAUCUCUUCUGAAGUACCUCACGUUCCUAAUGACGUUCUGGAAGAGAUCUUCCUACACGGGAUGAAGAGAAGCUUGAGGGAGCAGGUAGUGAGGUUGAGACCAGCGGGAAUGGACGAGAUAGUGGACAUGGCGACCAUCAUUGAAGAGCAGGAGAACGAGAGGCACUCCUAUCAGUCGAGGCCGUUUCAAAGGACUAACUCAGCUCCGGCUUUAAACUCCCACCCGAGGGGUAGCAACUACAGCCCGGGAAAGCAAGGAGAUCACACUCCCGCAAGGAAGUCUGCUGAUUCUAUUCGAGAUAACAAGGCUACCGACCAAAGACGACCAAUACAAAAUCCAUGUCGUUACUGCGGAGAGCGUUAUUUCACGGGCCAUCGUUGUAAGGCCUUCCAAAGGUAUAAAUGCCUGGAGGUGGAGGAAAGGUCAGAAGAAGCCGACGAAUCAGAAGAGGACAUAGCGGAGGAAACUGAAGCUCCCGCGAAACAGGAACUGCAAGUUCUGUCAUUGCAGUCAAUGGCAGGCCUCACCACCAAGAGGACCAUGAGGAUCAAAGGUCACAUUAAGGGUGAAGAAGUGGUGGUCCUGAUAGACUCUGGAGCCUCAUGUAGUUUCAUUGCGACCAGAGUGGUGGAGAAGCUAGGACUCCCUGUUGUAGCGACUACAGACUUCGGUGUGGCUAUUGGAGAUGGUAGAAUCAUGACAAGCAGUGGGAAGUGUGAAGGGCUUAAGCUGAUCAUACAAGGGAUUGAGAUACAGGGAGACUUCAUGCUGUUUGACUUAGGUGCUACCGACAUGGUGUUAGGCUACACAUGGUUGGCUUCAUUGGGAGAAACAAGAAUCAACUGGGGUGUGCACGUGAUGCGUUUCCAAAUAGAUGGAGAAUGGGUGACUAUCUCCGGCGAUCCCGCGUUGCUGCGAGAGCAAGUCUCUCUAAGCUCUAUGGAGAAGCUGUGUGACAGUGAAGACGUGGUAUACUUACUGGAGUUACAAACCCCCUUCGAGAAUCCGCAAGAGCCACCGCAAGGAGAAAGGCGCAGUGCUGAGUUAAAAGGAUUACUAAAGAGAUUCCGUGGGGUUUUUAACAUGCCUACUGGCCUUCCUCCAAGACGGUCCAGGGAACACGCGAUCACCUUACAAGAAGGAACUUCGCCCAUCAACAUACGGCCUUACCGAUACUCUCAUCUGCAGAAGAAUGAGAUCGAGAAAUUGGUACAGGAGAUGCUCCACGCGGGAAUCAUUAAGCCAAGUAUCAGCCCGUUCUCCAGUCCAUUCUUGCUAGUGAAGAAAAAAGAUGGAGGGUUUCGUUUCUGCGUGGAUUACCGAGCCGUUAACAAGAGCACCAUACCGGACCGUUACCCAAUUCCAGUAAUUGAGGAGCUCUUGGAUGAGUUGGCGGGAGCUGCAGUGUUCUCCAAGCUUGAUCUGAAGUCGGGCUAUCACCAGAUAAGAGUCAGAGAGGAAGACGUGGGGAAGACGGCGUUUAAGACGCAUGAAGGCCAUUACGAAUUCUUAGUAAUGCCUUUCGGACUUACCAACGCACCGGCAACGUUUCAAUCCGUUAUGAAUGAUAUAUUCAAGCCCUACUUGCGUAAGUUCGUUCUUGUCUUCUUUGAAGACAUCCUUGUUUACAGCAGGAACGAGAAAGAACACCAAGAGCAUCUUCAGAUAGUGUUGCAGUUGUUGGAGAAACACCGGUUCUAUGCAAAUGAGAAGAAAUGUGCGUUUGCACAAAAGAGGAUAGCAUACUUGGGACAUGUGAUCACCAAGGAAGGAGUGUCAGCUGAUCCCGAGAAGGUGGAAGCUAUGAAACAGUGGCCACAACCUAAAAACGUAACGGCUCUGCGAGGAUUCCUUGGGCUCACGGGGUAUUACAUGAAGUUUGUGCUCUCUUAUGGGAAGAUUGCGAGACCGAUGACAUAGUUGUUGAAGAAGGAUGGGUUUUAUUGGACAGUGGAAGCGACACAGGCGUU